UUGUUUCACCAAGGGGUGUAUUCGACGGAGGAGACGACGCGACUACGACGGAUUUGCGAAACCACGUAUGGCAAACACACCGACUCGGCGUUCCGAGAAGGGAUUGUCCAAGGCCUCGUAGAAGGUACGAUACUGUGUCGACGACUACCCCAAUUCAUCAACCGUAUUAUGGCGACGGAGUUCAAACUUCGCAUCAUCGGUGCCACCAGGGCCCAGGUCGAAGGAAAACUAAUUAUGGACCUCGAAGGGGAGUUACCGAUCCCGGAGGCCUUCCAGAGUACCAACAACCUCCAGGAGAGCAACUCAACUGCGGUGACCAAUAGAGGCAUCGCCUAUCCGGCCAUCUGGAGCAUGCUAGCGGCGGCGAAGACUAUCAGCUACAACGCAGCGCGACACGUAAUCCACCUACAUCUCUUCACCAGGGCGGAGGCUCAGCGCUUUGAGGGUCUGGCAAUCCCGUUCCAUAGGCAUGUGCACGCACUGAACAAUGCGCAUGCACCACUCUUAUCGGCAACUUGGAUCCGAUCGAGCGAUCUGGUGCAGGAAGCUGCGUACGUUGUAAUUCUCCGCAAUGUCGCGAGGUCGAUGGACCUGAGCCACUUCCACUCUUUCCUACAAUAUGCGCUUUCGGUUCCUUUCGAUCUUAACGAUCUGGACCUUGGUGGACCCAACUCAUGGACUUCGACAGCCUGGGAGCUCAGCUUUAGCCAAGAUGGCUGCCCAGAUGCGCUAUUGGGCAUUAAACGGAUUAUGUGGUUCAACUAUGUCAUCGUUGUCCAGCAUCCGACCAUGCACGGCCGACAGCAAUGUCAUCGAUGCGGAGGACUAGGCCAUCCGAUGAGACUCUGCAACUUGUCAGCUGCAGCGUUGAAAGGCAACGGGAGCAUCGUCGCAGCGGAAGCAACGUUGGCCCAACUGUAA